CCCUUCCCCCCCCCUCCCCCAGGCCCCAAGGCCCAGGGAUGGCUCUAUCCCGGCUCCCGGCAGCUUUCCUGCCUUUCCUGCAUUUCCUGCUGUUGCUGCCUGUGCCACCCCUGCUAGGGACCCCGGCCCAGACCCCGGACAGGGCCCCCACGGCCCAGCGCUGGAAGGAUCCCGGGAUCGGCGGCCCGUCCCACGGCCCAGAGACGCAGCGCUCCCCCGUUAGGAGGUCUCUGCUGGGCCGCCCCGCUCUGGGCUCAGCCCGGGGCCUGCCUCGCUGCGGGGUGCUGGAUGUUCCCGAUGGUCCGAACACAAGGAACCGACAGAAGCGCUUUGUGCUCUCUGGUGGGCGCUGGGAGAAGACCAACCUCACCUACAGAAUUAUCCGGUUCCCGUGGCAACUGGUGAAGGCCACCGUGCGGCAGACCAUAGCCGAGGCCCUGCAGGUCUGGAGCGAAGUGACGCCCCUCACCUUCACUGAGGUGCAGGACGGGAGGGCGGACAUCAUGAUUGACUUCACCAGGUUCUGGCACGGAGACACCCUACCGUUCGAUGGGCCGGGGGGCAUCCUGGCCCACGCUUUCUUCCCCAAGACCCACCGGGAGGGAGACGUCCACUUCGACUACGAUGAGACGUGGACCGUCAGGAGCGAUCUGGGCACGGACCUGCUCCAGGUGGCCGCCCACGAGUUCGGCCACGUGUUGGGCCUGCAGCACACUCCCGUGGCCAAAUCGCUCAUGUCGCCGUUCUACAACUUCCGCUACCCGCUGCGUCUGAGCCAGGAUGACCGACGGGGCAUCCAACACCUCUACGGGCUGCGGGGGCCCGCCCCGGCCCCCACCGCCCCCCUCCGGUUCCCACCCCCGUCGGAAAGGGAGUCCCCCAAUCCAGGCAUCGACACCAACGAGAUCACCCCUUUGGAGCAGCCUUUGCAGCCGAACGCCUGCGACACGGACUUCGACGCCGUGUCCACCAUCCGCGGAGACCUCUUCUUCUUCAAGUCCCGCUUCGUGUGGAGGCUGCGGAAGGGCGAGCUGCAGCCCGGCUAUCCGGCCCUCGCCUCCCGCCACUGGCAGGGCAUCCCGAGCACUCUGGAUGCUGCCUUUGAGGACUCCAAGGGCCACAUCUGGUUCUUCCAGGGCGGCCGGUACUGGGUGUACGACGGGGAGCGCCGCGUCUCGGGCCCCGGGCCGCUGUCCGAGCUGGGCCUCUCGGGCUCCCGCCUCCACGCCGCCCUCACGUGGGGCACCGACAGGAACAAGAUCUACUUCUUCCAGGGGAGCAACUACUGGCGAUUCAACCCCGGCACCCGCCGGGUGGACGGCCUCUCCCCCCGCAGGACCACCGACUGGCGGGGGGUGCCCUCCGAGAUCGACGCCGCCUUCCAGGAUGCGGACGGGUACGCCUACUUCCUGCGCGGCCGCCAUUACUGGAAGUUUGACCCGGUGAGGGUGAAAGCCCUGGAAGGUUUCCCUCGCCUCAUCGGCCAAGACUUCUUCAACUGCGCCUCUUCCUUCAACUCCUUCCGCUGAGGGGCGGCCAUCCCUCUGGGGACUCCUCCCACCCCAGGGCACCCACCUUCCCGCCCCCCACCCCCACCAUCUGCCCAUAGAGAGUCAGAGGGAUCGGAGGACCUUGAGACUAUUUAUUCCGGAAAUAAGACGAGGGGUUACCCUGGCCCCGUGAGUUUGAGGUGAGGGAGACGGGGGUGGGGAUGGCAGGUGGCUGGUUUAGUCGCCGGCUUCAGGCCGGGGGUCACCCCCCGGGGGCUCGGACCCUCCUGGGAUAUAGGGGAGGGUCAAGGUUCCCCUCGCCCCCUCCCAGGAAGCAGGAAGAAGGAUGUCAUCAGCUGUGGUACCCCGGGAGGAGCCGGGGCUGGGGGGAAGGCGGUCCCCGUUGGAUGAUGCUCCCAGCUGCCGCUCCCAUCAUUUCCCCUCAGCCCUGCCGCUCUACCCAUCAGUCCUGCCUCGGGGCCGGGACUCAGUAGCCCCAGGAGGCGCUCAGCAGCUGUGCUGGUCACCGCUGGGCCCUCUGGCUGUCUUAGCAAACAGUCUCUGGACUGUUGCUGACUUCAGUUCCCCCCGGGUCUUUGGAGAUUUGCCGAAUCUGCAGGGAUAACUCCUCCUCCCUCCUUCCCGCAAGUUCCUACAAUGCCCGGAGGUGCCUCUGAGGACAGGGUUUCCAGAGGUUGUCCGGGUCCCAGGUCUCCUUGUCGCGCCUUUCUCAGAGAGUUUCCCACAUGAGUUCCUUCCUCCCUCCUAAUCUGCCUCCUAUCCCUUUCUCCCGGCAUGGGGGCCAACUUUCCAUCGGUAAGUGGGCAGGGAUCUUCAGUGGAGGGGCGAUGGAGACUGGGAGCGGGGCAGGCUUCGAAGAGCAAACAGGCCAGAAGGCCGUCACUUUGGGUCUUUUCAGUUCUUGACAGAGACUGAGGCCUGAAGCCUGGCUCAGAAAGCUGGAGGGGAGGGAGGCAUUGUCCCCUUAACCCCUAAGGAGUGAGCCGCAGGACCUCAUGUGUCCAGUGCCCCUCUCAGAUGACGUCUUCCCCCUCCCCGGCUCUCUCUCCACCUUGUGUGGGAGUUUCCCCGCCCCUGGGGUCUUCAGACACUCUGCUGCCCCUGUGCUGGUGGGCAUAACCUCAGGCACUGAGCCUCAGGGGCCCCCUUCCCCGGACUGGAGAGAUCCAAGAAGAGACUGCGAGAAGAGGGGUCGAUCGGGUCAGAGUCACAGGGACCGGGAAGCCCCUAACCCGCCCUCCCCGGCUCCCGCCAACCCCUCGCUCCCCUCAGCCCCAAGAUGCUCCGACAGAAACCACCAGAGGGGACGGGGAGCUGGCCGUCCAUUCCCCCCGGGUUCCCAGACCAAGGCAGUAAAAAUGGAGGAGGAAAAUGUCCCAAGGGAAAAGCUGCCCCCCAGGCUGGUACGUUAAGGGAGACCCCCUUUCUCCCUGCUCCCCACAACCCUCCCCACAUCCCAAGGUAGACUCAGGGCCCCAGCUUGCCUUUUGUAUUCACUUCUUCACGUCUGGCCCGGCUGACAGCCGAGGUCUGUUCCUCUCAGGCUGCUCUACUCUCCUUGUGUGUGUUCAGAAGGCAGGUGGCCCAGGCGAGUUCCCAUUAUGCCCAGCGGUGCCUCUGGGGUAAGGGUUUCCCCGGAUCAGGGAUGUCCUUGGUCACGUCACGCAGACGCUACCCACGGGGAAAGAUGGAGAGUUUCCUGGGGUGUUCCGCCCCCCCGGGGCCGUCCUCCGGGCCUUCCGGCCAGGUCCGUCAGGGAGGAGGGAAUUAGGCUCCGCGACACAGCCUGCCCUGUCUUCGACAAGCGCCUUGCUUUUACCUCAGCCACGGUGCAGGCCUGAGCUCGGACUCCCUUUCCGCUCACUCCUGUUGCUUUUCAAAGCCAUUGAGGUUUUUCGUCCAAAGACCUGUGUAAAUGUGUGUAUAGUGUGUACAAAUCUUUUGUAUCUAUGGACUGUUUCAAUAAACACCCUCACUUUUCUAACAUC